AGUAUACGCGCGACCGCCGCGUCGGCCGUGUCUGCGCGACUGUCUGACUAUAUGAUUCUUGACUGUCUAUCCUACUGUUCUCUAUGAUGUUUCGUGCGGAUGUAUGAGUGUCGUGAUCAUGUUCGGGGGUUCGUUCGAGGAACUGUAGAGACGUGAAUUUUUUUUUAAUUGUCCGCGCAGUUUUGAAUUUGUCGAAAUGGUAAAUAAGCUUUUAGGCGGUGAACUUGUAUUUAGUUUAGCGUUAAUAUUUUUCUUUUGAUUCUUGAUCGUAAAAGAGUUUUGAAAGAAAAAAUUUUAGUUUUGAAGUAAUAAUCCUUGAUUACUUCGAGGUAAUAAGGCCUGACACUGUGCACGAUACGAUCCUAGAUAACAUCGCACUUUCAAUGCGAUUACAUUACGUAACGCAAACAUUAUCCAAUGUUAAUUAAACAUAAUAAGACUAGUCACGCGCAUCUAUGAACACAAAAGGCACUUCGUGGGAACUCGUGAUACGACACACAUCACUUCGAAAUUGUUAUUACAAAAUUAACAUGCAGAUAUGUUUGCUUUAGCAAAUCAAGCUGUAAAUUAGCGUUGGUAUUGUCGCGUUUAAUGCUGAGAGCUACACUCAACGUACCCAACGCGUACAAUAAAUUUGUAAAAGAUUUCGGGAAGAUAAUUAAUCAAUUGAUACAUAUUGUAAUAUAAUACAUGCGGUAAAAGCAUCGAUACAAUCUUCGCUACCAUUUGAAUCGCAAAGUGUACGUUUGUUUCAAAUCGUUAUCAAAAAUCAAAAACCACAGGAUCACAUUGUUCCCUUUCGACGACCGAAGCUCUCGAGAUGUGAAUCGCCGUGAUUGAAAACGAGGAUGAAGCGAUAGGCCGCUAUUUAUCGUCAUGACAAUCUGGAGCAUCUAUUUCUCUUCGCAUGGAAUCCAUUGCCCUGCGCGCUGUUCCAGAUCCAAAUUCGGCAACGGACCAUUCCCUCGCAACUAUGCGCUGCCAUGCAUCGUUCCUGCCGAGAAUUUAUCGCCCAUGAUCGUUAAUCGAAUCUGCGUUGAUUGCAACUCUCCCCUCUGAAAUUCGCACACUGAUACAUUCCCCAGUCGCGUAGAGCAGCCGAGAGGACUAACCAUCAUCAUCGGCGUAUUCGAAAGUCACGACGCGCCGCGAGCUCCCGGUGAGCCGGGCGGCUGCGUGGUCGUCGUCGUGGCUGGUCAGCGCACGAAUGGACAGGGCCCGUGAUGGAGAACGUGACGGAGUUCGACGAGGACGGGACCCUUGAGCGCAGUUGGCUCGUCAACCGGACACAGAUCGAACUCGCCGACGGCUACCUGCCCAACUGGAUCGACCUGCUCCUCGCCGUCUGCUUCUCGAUACUCAUCGUCAUUACUAUCGUGGGUAACACGCUGGUGAUCGCCGCGGUAAUUACGACGAGGCGUCUGCGGUCCGUCACUAAUUGUUUCGUAUCGAGCCUAGCCGCCGCGGAUUUAUUGGUCGGCUUGGCCGUCAUGCCUCCGGCAGUUCUCCUACAGCUGAACGGCGGUACGUGGGAGCUUGGCGAAGUGCUCUGUGAUUCCUGGGUCUCGCUGGACGUCCUUCUCUGCACGGCCAGCAUACUCUCCCUCUGCGCCAUAUCUAUAGACAGGUAUCUGGCAGUGACUCAGCCCCUAAUUUACUCCCGGCGCCGUCGCAGCAAGCGAUUAGCCGGUCUGAUGAUUGUGGUCGUCUGGAUCUUAGCCGGUGCCAUAACCAGCCCGCCUUUAUUGGGCUGUUUUCCACGUGCCCGUAACGUCGUGGAGACGGAGAAAAAGUGUUCCUACAAUAUGGACUCGUCGUACGUGAUAUUCUCGGCGAUGGGCAGCUUCUUCCUGCCGAUGCUCGUCAUGCUCUACGUCUACGGGCGCAUCUCGUGCGUCAUCGCCAAACGUCACCGGAGCCUCGAGUCGACCGACGCUGUCAGCACCGGCGAGUAUCACAAAGGUAACAGCGCAGGAGCCGCUGCUGGGAAGCAGAAGUCUCUGCUGGCGGAAUCGACCAACUGUCCGAGGGCGCAUCGAAGAUCUCAAAGGAGGCACUUUCACGCGGCGGCGGACCGAGCGAAGGGCCCAACGAAAGCGAUCUCCCGAACGAUGUUAGCCUCGCGACUGUCCACGGCAUCAGUAUCCGAAGGAACAGCAAGCGAGGUUGCCCAAGAAAGUACGAAGCAGCAGCAACAAACUUCAUCACCGGCUUCGGCGACGAUGACCGCGCUACAGGUACCGGAACCCGAGGUACACGCCAGUCCGAGUCGAAAGACGCCGAUCGUCCGAACUGGAACUCUGCGAAGUCAUCAGCACAGCUGUAUCAAUAGGGUGACGAGGGAAACCAAGACGGCUGGAACUUUGGCCGUCGUCGUCGGUGGUUUUGUACUCUGCUGGCUGCCCUUUUUUCUUCUGUAUUUAGCGACGCCAUUCGUACCCGGGGAGAUGCCGGAUUACCUCAUGCCGUUUCUUACUUGGCUUGGCUGGAUAAACUCGGCGAUAAACCCGUUCAUCUACGCUUUCUACUCGGCCGACUUCCGCAUGGCGUUCUGGCGCCUGACCUGUCGCAAGUGUCUUCGCAGCCGCUUCGACUCGAACAAUCCAGCAGCGGAUCGUGCUCCCCAGGGUGCACCGCCCAGUUGGAGGCGCCAGACCUCGAGGACGUGAGACAACCCCGUCAAUGCCAGCCAAGUCGUCUCUUUCUCCUUCGACUGAUAAGGACUACAUACUGCGCUAUAUAAUAAUGUAUCUCUUUACUCUUUUUACGCCGUGAGUUUCGCUCGUCUCUUACAUUACUAUCUCGGAAUUGUUCCGCUUAAAUCGAGAAAUCAAGACGAAGAAGCGCUAACAUAAGAAGCUCGUGUAAAUAACGCAAAUGUAAUUGUAUACACACCGUGUAAACACCUGUGAUUCGUCAUUUUUUCAAUAGAGACUCUGUUUUUAUCGGACAUUUCUGAUGAUAAUAUCGGUGCGUUCUAUACGUGUAUACCUUUUUGCCUUGAGUUGAUACUUUAUGACAAUGAAGUGUAAUUUAUGGUCUGAUGAAACCAAAGAAUAUCGCAUUAAUUAUUCGUUAGGUGCGCAAGAGAAUGUUAAGUUUACUCGUUUAUUUAUUGACUAUAGUGUUGUUUAAUUAUGCAUGUUUCAAAACUCGCCGAUUGAUAUUCAAAUCGGAGAAUCGCAUUAUCUGUUGACGGAAAGAAGUGUAAAUAUUACAUAAGUAAUUGUAGAUUUCUAUAUGCGGAUUAUCAGCUAUUGAAUCAUUGAUAAUUGUUCAAUCUUGCAAAAUAUAGAGGCAAAUCGUGUAAGAUCAACUACAAAAAGCCAAUUGAGGUUUUACGUUAAAUUUAUAUAAUACUCUACUAUACUGACAUUAUUGAAGAUAAUACUUAAUUUUAUGCACAAAAAAGUUGACUCAGCAAUCUUCCUAACUAUUGUUUUAAAACUAUAGCAGAUCUCUUAGAUUUAUUGAUGUAUAUACAUUAUAUAAAUCCCGUUAUACAUGGAGCGUUAUACAAGUUCGAUAAUUUUCGAACAAUAAAUUGACCAUUGAAUUCUCAUCAGUGAAAAUUUGUGCUGCAGAUAAAGCAAAACAGAUUUUUGGCAGAAUAUCUCGCAAGAAGUAUGACGAUCAAAUCUAAGUCGAUAAGAUUCGUUAAUGUAUUAUAAAUUAAGCAGAUGUUAAUACACUUAUAUAUUAGAAUGUUAUAUUUAUUAAAUGUUAGACGAUUAAUAAUUUAUAUUUUUCUAUUAGAGAUUGGUACGUUUAAUUUAAUCCUCGGCGUUAAGAUGAUUCGAUUGCGAAGUUUUCAAAUAUUUGAAAGAAAAGUAACUUCUCUUUUACAAAAAGCAAUGUGUGUAAAUAACAAUAACAUUGAUAAUAUACAGUUCUCACCAAAAAUCUUUUAUAAAUACCCGCGAUACCAAUAAGCUAUUGCGGUAAUUCCAUAUAAAAAUACUUGUACGUACAUUCGUAUUGGAUUCGUAUGUUUAAAGUAAGUAAAGCAAGCCACGCGAAUAAUGCUUUUGCGUUCGUUAACAGGUAUAAUAAGGCCGUGGAGGUUUUUACUACUAUAAAAAUUAAAAACAUCAAUGUCGAGUAUUGAUCACCAUUGUUUUAUUAUCCGUACAUCUUGCAUGAUUAACAUACAGUAUUUAUGUACAACGUGACGUAAGUUACAAACGAAACUAUUACCAAUGUUAAUACAAAAAGAAAAUACAUUUACAAAUGAUCUGUAACGAAGUUAGAACAAUCACUGAAGCACUCCCAUCGAGCUUAUCGAGGUGUAUCGACUUAAUAAAAAAAUCUUGUACGCGUUGUAAAAUCGCAUUUCUGAUGCUGCGACGAGAUACAGCGAAGCUUUUGUUCGAACUGCAUCGCCGUAGUAUCGCGAAAAAUUAUAUAAUAAAUAAAAUCGAAAAUAAAACUGAAAUGGUAAAAAAACA